UAUUUUCAUACCAGAUCUGCUGUGUAGCUCCUAAAAUAGUGGCAAGCGGAUGAAAAUCUGACCUAAUAUACUCAGUAUUUAGGGGUAUUUUUUGUUCACCUAUGCCACUAAAAGAUCAGUCAAAUUCCACCGCCAUGAAGCCGGCAGUGGACGAGAUGUUUCCCGAAGGAGCUGGACCCUACGUGGACCUGGACGAGGCUGGGGGAAGCACAGGACUGCUGAUGGACCUCGCUGCCAAUGAAAAGGCAGUACAUGCUGACUUCUUCAAUGAUUUUGAAGAUCUGUUCGAUGACGAGGACAUACAGUGAAAGAUUAACUUGUCUGCAGAGCGGUGAUGGAUGAUAUCCACACGACUCGGCGGCACAUUUUUCUGUGGAAAGCAAACCAGACAUUUAGCGACUAAUAACAUACAAUUUCCUUUCAUAGUUGUCCUAGUUUCAAGCGCUUUGUUUUAAAGCACCUUAAAAAGUCGUCCGAGGCUCCAGAUGUUGUGAAAUUCUCAAGAGCCCAAGGAUUCUUUCAUAUAUGGUAUGUCAAAAUUAUGAGCUUGUAUCUCGCUCAUGUCUUUGACUGCUUCUCAACUGGAUUGUAGGUUCCUGUGUGCACGAGAACACCUGUUCAGAGGCGUAAUUAUACAUAUGAUGGGCAAAGGCUCCAUAUGCUGCCGCCCUUUAGCGCACUGCAGAUGGUAUUUGUGAAGUGAUGGUCUGCUGAGAUUGUUUACAAUAUUUGAACGACACUGCGUGACAGUCACAUCCUGUAUGUUCUCCGUGUUUGCUCGUAUAACACUGUUUCCUGUUAACAUCUUGAAUUUGUACAUAUGUCUACAUUGUAUUUUUGUGAUGGGAGUGACACCGGUCAAAACUCAAUAAAUAACACUUUAUAUUUUA